CCUCACAUCUCCGGAUGGAUCCAGUAACAGAAAUCCCCCAGAGAGAUGUCCCCGUCCUCUGUAUUCCCGGGACUCCACACAGGAACGUCAGGAGAUCCCUCAGGAGGAUCAGGGUGAACAUCUGAUUGCCAUAAAAGUUGAAGUUGGCGAAGAAGCAGAAGAUCCGUAUGUGAUGGAUGACGAGACGUGUAAGGAGGAGGAAAUCCCUCCAGAGAUCGGCACGGGUGGUUCAAACGACAGCAUGGAAAAAAGUCCCGUCAUGUUUCCAGGUGGGGAAGUAGGAGACGAUUACCUCACCUCAGAUUUUCCAGAAGAAAACCCCAUUACUCGGAAUCUCCUUUCGGAACAUGGAGAACUGUCAUCUUAUCCAUGGAACGAGACCCAGUUUUCCGAUGACCCUCAUUCUGUGAUCCAUGCCACGUGUCCUACAGGAGCUGAAAUGUUUCCUCAUUUUGUUCAUAGCGAAUAUUAUACCGCCAGUGAACAUUUCAUUGAGCAGAGACCUCACAGGACAGAGAAGACCUACCUGUGUCCCGAAUGUGGGAAAUGUUUUAUUAAAAAAUAUCUUCUCCAUCAUCAUCAUCAGACCAGCCAUGCUUCUUCUGAACCAGGGAAAAGUCUGAAACAGAAACCAGCUGCUCUGCGACCUAAAAGACUUCACGCCAGGGCAAAACCGUUCUCGUGUUCCGAGUGCGGGAAGAGCUUUUCUCAGAGAGGCCACCUCAGUUCCCACAAGACGACUCACACGGGAGAGAAACCGUUUUGCUGCUCGGAAUGCGGCAAAUGUUUUUCCCAGAAGUCGUCUCUGCUUACGCAUGAAAAGCUUCACACCGGGGUGAAGCCGCAUUCGUGCUCGGAAUGUGGAAAGUCUUUUAUCCGGAGGUCGGUCCUCAGUUUGCACGAAAGGGUUCACACGGGGGAGAAGCCGUAUCCGUGUUCGGAAUGCGGGAGGCGGUUCUCUCAGAGGACUCAUCUUAUCGUUCACAAAAGAACUCACACUGGGGAGAAGCCGUAUUCCUGUUCUGGAUGUGGCAAGUGUUUCUCCCGGAAAACCUACCUGGACAAACAUCACCAAUCUCUCGGGAAAUGCUUUAAUAACCAGUCAAGUUUUUUUCUUCAGGAGAGAUCCUGCCCCACCAAGGAGGCGUUUUCUUGUGACGGAUUUGGGGACUCUUUUCAGUGGGGAACGUCUUAACUCUGUUGUUAGGGGGCACAUGGUUUCUAUGACUAAGCCCCGGUGGAUGGGGAGAAACACGUUGGAAGGGGCAUGGCCUGUGAAGGAGAGCUGCCAUUUUAUGCAGCUAUCCACAUUGUGGUCAGGUCGGGGUUGCGUCUUCCUAGUAUAUCAUCCAUCUGUCACUGGAGGAUAAGUGAACACAUACGCCAGCACGCUAUCUCUGAGGACCAGAAAAAAAAAAAAUGAAUAAAAAAUAUAUGUUUGUUU